CACACUCAUACACAAAACGAACAAGCGCAUUAAACAAAUCAAACUGUUCCCCAAUUGAUAUUCAUAGCAAUAAUAAAACGUGUGCAACUUAACUGAAACCCACCUGGCUAUAUCAAUUGUAAGCAACCGAGAAACCAUAUAUACGGGCAUAUAUUGCAAUCAAAGUGUAAACAAUUUGAAGAGCAAGUUUCGCAAGCCGCAUAGGAAAUUGUUAAAUAUGGUCAGGCUUUUCGCACUGAGUGUCUUUUUCAAGGGUGCCAGCGAAGCGCGCCUAUUAAAGACCACAUCCGACUUGCAGUCCUUUUCAUUUUUUCAACGUGGCACAGUCAAUGAGUUCAUGACCUUUGCCUCGAAGACAAUCGUGGAACGAACCCAGCCGGCGCUGCGACAGUCUGUUAAACAGGAUGCCUACAUGUGCCAUGUCUAUGUGCGGGCCGAUAAUUUGGCUGGCGUUCUUAUCGCUGAUCACGAGUAUCCGCACCGUGUCGCGCACACGUUAAUCACAAAAUUACUGGAUGACUUUGCGGCCAAGGUAUCGGCAGAACAAUGGCCCAACGGUACUGAGGCAACAAUUGCAUUUGAUUCGUUGCCAGCGUUUUUGGCCAAAUACCAGGAUCCCAAGGAGGCCGAUCCGAUAACGAAAAUGCAAACCGAUUUGGAUGAAACUAAAAUCAUAUUGAAGAACACAAUCGAAUCGGUGCUGGAGCGUGGCGAGAAACUGGAGGAUAUGGUUACCAAAUCGGAGCAGCUAUCCAUGCAAAGCAAGGCCUUCUACAAGACAGCGAAAAAGACCAAUUCCUGUUGCAGCUUCGCCUAAACAAGCCAAGGGCACAGAUAUCGAAAAACUCAAAAAACACCACUUAAAACACAAAAAACAGAAACACCAACAAAAUGGGCACGAAACAAGCAGCGACGGCGCGGCAUUGGCUUAGAAUUUGUAUGCUUUUUAUAACAUAAUUAGUUAAUUUUAUAUUUAAUAUAUACAUAUAUGAAACUAAACUAUACUAAACAUGCCCAAGUAUUUAUACGUACGCAUAUGCAGCGGCACGAAUGUGCUGCAACUCAUAUAUGUACGCCCAUUAUGUGUGUUAAACGUUCAACUUGGCAUCUUGUUCUCUGCAUGUCUAGGGUAAUGGUACAGAUAAUGUUAUAUAUAUACAUAU